UUUUCCUCUCUCAUUCCUCGAUAAAAAAAAAAAAAAACUCUUCUCUUCUCUUGAAUUACGAUCGAGCUAGGUCAGAUCCGCAAUGCCGCCCCGGAUUCCUGGUCUCCCGGUGGCCGCCCUCUUGCUCCUCUGCCUAGCAGCCGGCGCGCGCGCGCAGGACUACGACAACAACGACGAGGUGACGCAACCGCCGCCCAAGGCGCAGGACAGUUGCAAUGGCGCCUUCCUGACCUACAACUUCAUCUCGCGCACCAAGGAGUUCCCCCGCGUCAAGAACGCCUCGGCGCAGUCAUGGGCGUUCAAGGCGCAGGCCACCGUUCUCAACACCAUGGCGCAGGACCUCCAGGCCUGGAGCAUGUUCAUUGGCUUCCAGCACGACGAGAUCCUCGUGUCGGUCGGAGGAGCCGUGAUCACAGACGGCACUGACUUCCCGGCGCACGUCGGGAACGGAACCACCCUGUCGGGGUACCCGCAGACGGACUUGUUGACCUCGAUCGAGACGGCGGGGGACAUGUCGCAGAUCCAGGCGGUGAUGGACCUAACGGGGACACAGUUCGGGGUGAAGCCGCCGGGUACGCCCAUGCCCCGGACGAUCAAGCUGGAGAAUCCCGGCUACAAGUGCCCUGCCCCCAUUAAAAAAAGUAAAACAUCCUCACGAUCUUUGACGCAGAUGUACGUGUGUUGUGUGAAAGACCCCAAAUUUAAGCCCAACAAGACGGACAGCCGCCACUUCCUCCCCCGCCGGUACGGCGACCUCACCUUCGCCUACGAUGUGCUGCAGGCGUACGAGAGCAACUACAUGGCCCAAGUGACCAUCGACAGCAACAGCCCCCUCGGCCGCCUCGACAACUGGAACCUCACCUGGGAGUGGAAGCGCGGCGAGUUCAUCUACACCAUGCGCGGCGCUUACACCCUCCGGAAGGACUCCUCCGACUGCUUUUACGGCCAGUCCGGGAAGUACUACCAGGGCCUCGAUUUCGCCAACGUCAUGAACUGCGAGACGAAGCCCACCAUCGUGGACCUCCCUCCGGAGCGCGCCAAGGAUAAUAACAUCGGCAACCUGCCUUACUGCUGCAAGAACGGCACUCUGCUCCCGCCCACCAUGGACCCUUCUCAGUCCAAGGCCAUCUUCCAACUGCAGGUCUACAAGAUCCCGCCCGACCUCAACCGCACCACCUUAUACCCGCCCACUAACUGGAAGAUCAACGGCGUGCUCAACGCGAAUUACGUCUGCGGCCCACCGUUCCGGGUGAGCCCCAUGGAAUUCCCCAAUUCCAGCGGGCUCAUGUCGCUGUCGGAAGCCAUCGCGAGCUGGCAGGUGGUCUGCAACGUUACCCGCCCCAAGAAGGGCGCCACCCAGUGCUGCGUCUCCUACUCCGCCUACUACAACGACUCCGUCAUCCCCUGCGACACCUGCGCCUGCGGCUGCAACGACAACUCAAAAUUCCGGUCCUGCGAUCCCGAUGGGCGUGCUCUGCUUCUGCCCCCGGAAGCUCUGCUCAUCCCCGCCGAGAACCGCACGGCUAAGGCCAAGGCCUGGGCCGAGAUCAAACACUACAAACUCCCCCGGCGGCUGCCCUGCCUCGACAACUGCGAUGUCAGCAUCAAUUGGCACAUCGUUUCCAACUACCGCAAGGGGUGGACGGCCAGGAUCACCCUGUUCAACUGGGAAGAAUAUAGCUUCAAGGACUGGUUCGUGGCGGUGCAGAUGGACAAGUCCUACCGUGGCUACGAGAGGGCUUACUCCUUCAACUCCACGAAGCUGAUAGGCCCCGGCGUCAUCAACAGGACCUUCUUCCUUCAAGGAUUAGAGGGACUCAACUACCUCAUCGGCGAAACGGACGGCAAGAACCCCCAGGUCGACCCGAGAGUGCCCGGGAAACAGCAAUCAGUAAUUUCCUUCACCAAGAAGGAGACACCGGGGAUCAACAUUGUGAAGGGCGACGGGUUCCCCACCAGAGUUUACUUCAACGGAGAAGAAUGCGCGCUGCCGGGGAGGAUUCCGGUAGCAUCUGCAGCUCGUCAACGUAGUGUUGUUAGCUCCGGGGUAGUGAUGCUGCUCGCUGCCGUCGUCGCUCUUCUAUUGGCUUUGGAUUAAUAUUGUUGAGCUAGGUAGCAAAGCAACACGACGAAACUAUGGCUUGACUCUUGAGCAGGCAUGGUGGUAUGUCGCCAGUGUCAUAUUCGAUGAGAUGGGAGGAAUCUUAGGAACUUUUGUGGCGAUCGUGUAUAUGACACAACGCCUCAUUUUUGCAGUGGCCGGCACACAGCCAUGGCUGAAUGAUGCAUGAAUACAGCUGAGCUUAGCUGAGCAAAUCAUUUAACGUGCGUGAAACUUCAAAUCCUUUAGUUGCAUCAAAGAUCUAUAUAUCAAGCAGAAGAUCUAUAUAGUUGUAUCAUCAAAUUUCUUGUGAUAUGAUACGAUGCAUAUUUUGUGGGGUCAAUCA